AUGUUGCGUAUCAGUACGGAAACGUUCGAUGAAAUUAAGUUGUUCGGUGAACAUGGUUUGGAUCCGGUUACAGAGGGCAAACUGGUGAAAUCGAAGUUAGCUAAUCUACUGGUGUGGAAGAGUGCCUUGAUUCCCGAUAUCGUCACGGAUUUCUACCACGUUGGGGGUGUCCGUUCCCUGCUCUCACCAUCCGCGGCAUCAUCAAAGUUCGACGCCGUUGAGCAACAGAGACUGGCCAACAUCUGGAACCAUUUCGCUAGCAUGAAAGCGGAUGUAGAGAUGCCGGUUAGGAAGCAGCUUGGAUCCAGUGUUUCGGGAGCUGGCGGUAAUUGUAAUGUCCAAAUGUUGCCAGUGUACUCCACGCAAACUUAUCGUGACAUGGCGAUGUUCUGCCAAUUCUGCAAUGAGUUUGGCCAUUUAACUAAUUGCUGUGAAAAUGCCAUUGCAGCGGAGAUGAUCACGCUGUUUGCUGGACAGAGCCCGCAAGUACAACGUGCCCUACUGUCCUUCCUGCAGUAA